AUGGGACUUAAAGGUUAUAGCGUCGGAGGAGAUGUUGGAGGAGAGAUAGUUGAGGUUCAAGGCGGUCACAUAAUCCGAGCCACGGGAAGAAAAGACCGUCACAGCAAAGUCUUUACAUCAAAGGGUCCACGUGACCGGCGCGUGAGACUCUCAGCUCACACGGCGAUUCAGUUCUACGACGUGCAAGACCGGUUAGGGUACGACCGGCCAAGCAAAGCAGUUGAUUGGCUCAUCAAGAAAGCUAAAUCCGCAAUCGAUAAGCUCGAAAGCAGUCAAGACGCACCGGAGAAUAAUAAUACUAAACCGGGAUCUUCUUCUUCCGAGCCGAAUUUGGUUACUAACCAAACGCAGUUCGUGGCGGCGAAUCUUGAUCCUGAAGACGCAAUGAAAACGUUCUUCCCGGCGACGACGACAACAACAAGCGGCGGCGGUGGUGGUGGUACAAACAUGGAUUUCCAGAACUACCCUCAUCACGGUGACGACAGCAUAGUUUCAAGAACAGCAACAAGACCGAACCUUAGCCAAGAUCUUGGACUUUCUCUUCACCCAUUUCAAGGAAACAACAACAACACAGUAGUCCCGGAGACGAACAAUUUCACGACGGCUCAUUUCGAUACAUUCGGGAGAAUCUCUGGAUGGAAUCAUCAUCACGACUUGACGAUGACGCCAUCAGCAUCACCAUCAGAACAAGAACAGCAAGAACAAGAAAGGAGUAAUGGUGGUUACAUGGUGAAUCAUCAUCAACAACCAUCGAUGAUGACAUUGCUUAACAGUCAGCAACAACAAGUGUUUCUUGGUGGCCAACAACAACAACAAAGGGGUACCCUUCAGUCCAGUUUAUUUCCUCAUUCGUUUCGUUCUUGGGAUCACCAUCAAACGACGCCGGAUCAUCAUCACCACAAUCAAGCUUCUUCUUCUGUGAUGUUUGCUUCUCCAUCACAGUUUGGUUCUCAUGGGAUGAUGAUGAUACAAGCUGGCCUUAGCUUCCCUCUCCAUGGGGAAGAAGCUACUCAACCAGACUCUUCUUCUUCUCCUCCAAACUCACACCUCUAA